AUGAAAAUAUUUCUAGGGUUUGUGAUUUUGAGUGUCUUGAGCAAUGGGAUCCAUGUGGAAGGUUCCGCAGAGAUCGAUGUAAUGUUGAAGAGACUGAACAAACCUGCAGUGAAGACUAUCAAGAGUGAAGAUGGAGACAUCAUAGACUGUGUCGAUAUUUACAAACAGCUUGCUUUCGAUCAUCCUGCCUUGAAAAACCACAAGAUUCAGAAGAAAUCGAGUGCGAAGCUAAACUCAGAUCAACCAGGGAGCAUAAAACUGAAUUCUUCCAAAACGAUUAUGCCCCAGACUUGGAGGAAAGCUGGUGAAUGUCCUGAAGGGACAAUCCCGGUUCGAAGAGUGAGAUUAGAAGAAAUAACAAGUGCAUCUAAUGCUUCUCAAUUUGGCAGAAAAGCUCCAUACUAUAAUCGUCUUCUCGAUAUUGCACAUAGAAAUCCAACCAAUUUCAGUUUACUAGGUGAUGCAUUUAAGAGCUCAAGUUCACAGGAAAGAUCGGAGGCGUUUCUUACCGCAGUUGGAUACAAUUAUAUCGGUUCUCAGUCAGAUAUAAACGUAUGGAACCCGAAGAUUGAAUCGGGUGACUUCAGCUCGGGCCAAAUCUGGAUGCAAAAUGGACCUGGAGAUGCAUUUGAAAGUGUAGAAGCUGGUUGGGUGGUGAAUCAAGGCAUAUUUGGAGAUUCACGAACGCGGCUUUUCGCGUAUUGGACUAAAGAUGGAUACAAAACAACAGGUUGCUUCAACCUCUUAUGUUCCGGUUUUGUGCAAACCAGCGCUAAGAUAGCCUUAGGUGCACCGGUUGAACCCAUCUCCAGUGGGGAUAACCAGUACGAUAUCACUAUCGGCUUGUUCAAGGAUGCAAACAACGGGGAUUGGUCGCUUCACUUGGGCGAUGAAGUGGUAGGGUAUUGGCCCGGAUCCCUCUUCUCGUACCUUGGCCAUAGCGCGAUUUUGGUCAAAUGGGGCGGCGGCGUUUACAGCCGUAACGUGAAGAAGAGUCCACACACAAAGACCCAGAUGGGCAGUGGCUACUGGGCAUCAGGUCUAAAGACCAAUUCUGCGUACCACACCAAUAUCCGGAUUAAGGACUAUUCCUUGGCGAUCAAGUAUCCCGAAAAUCUCUCCGAGUUUGCGGACGAAUAUGAUUGUUAUUCUACAAAGCUAUACAGGGAUAACUAUAUGGCCGAACCAUUCUUCUAUUUCGGAGGACCUGGACAGAACCCUCGUUGCCCUUAG